GUGACACAACGGAAGGACAGGGCGGCAUCUAAAGGUGCCGUCACAAUCCUACGGCUGCAUUUUCAAAACAAAAACACAACGUCUUUCAGAACGAGCGCACGUUGAACGUAUUUUCGAAUUUCCUUCGUGUUUUUAGUGUUUUGUGAUUCUAAAUUUGAUGAAAAAUAGUUUAAUUAUGUACAAUAAAAUACGUUUAAAGAAAAGUAAAGUGUCAUUCAAACGUGCUGAAGUGUUGUAGAACAGUAGUCGCGCUGUUGCAAGGAAUUAAAGGAAGGCAAAGGAUCCCAAAUAACCAACAAGGGUAAAGAUCAAUAGCAUACCUUCCCCUACAGACCUGCCCUACUUGAAUACAGUCCAGCUUUUGCUUGGCAUUCUUUAAAUAGUGUCUGGUUUAACGGCAUAGCAGAUAAGAAGAAUAAGGGUACACCUUCACCAUACUGGUUACAGCAUUUCAGUUUACGCUCAAUCGUGGAACGGUGCAGUAUCAGUGAGUAACAGCCAUUCGUUCAAUAGGACAAUACAUUCCUCCUGCAUCGAAACAGGAAAUCUCGCCUUUAAAAAGGCGAACUUAAUGUUAGGCGAUGCAUUAUCAUAAUGGACUGUUAUCAGUGGCCCUGUUAGUGCUGAUGAAUCUCAAUGGCUACAGCUGCUUCAUUACUACCGGCAUACCGCAGAUAAUAGAACAUGAUCAGAGAGCACAACUUUCGUUGAUUCCUUCCAACCUUCGACUUGCGCUAUCGAAGAAACCAUCUUACGAAUCAAACAGCAAUCAAACCGGUUCACCGGAUACAUUCCGGUUUCCGGACGACUUUCUCUUCGGUGCUGCAACGGCAGCUUACCAGAUCGAAGGUGCCUGGAAUGAGGAUGGCAAAGGACCGAGCGUGUGGGAUACUCUGACACACGACCAUCCCGAGCUGGUGGUUGAUCAGGCAACAGGAGACCGUGCGACCGAUUCCUACCAUCGCUAUUUAAGCGACAUCGAUGCACUGGCGACCGUUGGCUUUGACUACUAUCGCUUUUCGAUCGCCUGGUCGAGAUUGCUGCCGCGCGGUGAUCGAUCGUCGUUGAAUGAGCAGGCUGUCGAGUACUAUAACCAUCUGAUCGACGAGCUGUUGACGAAUGGGAUAGAACCAGUGGUGACUAUGCUCCAUUAUGAUGUACCACAAUACUUACAGAACUUGGGCGGCUUUGCAUCCCCAUUGAUUGUCGAUUACUUCCGGGAGUACGCAGACACACUGUUCCAUACGUUUGGCGAUCGUGUCAAAGUGUGGAUAACGCACAAUGAACCUUACGAUUUUUGCGUUGAAGGGUACGGUACUGGCAAUUCGGGCCCACUCGUCUAUGCCUCCGGUGUUGGUGAAUAUCUUUGUGCGCAUCAUGUAUUGCUGAGCCAUGCAGCCGCCUACCAGCUUUACAAUGAACGCUACCGUCAGCAACAGAAUGGUUUGAUCGGAUUAACACUCAGCGGAAGGUACUACUAUCCUGCCAGCAAUGCUACAGCCCAAGAAGUCGUCGAUCGUGCCAUUGAGUUUCAGAUUGGCUGGUUUGCUGAUCCCCUGUUCGGUGAGGAUGGUAACUAUCCCGCUGUGAUGAUAAACGAAAUCGCAAAAAACAGCGAGCAGGAGGGACGAACACAUUCCCGCCUGCCAACGUUUACUAACACCGAAAGCGCCCUUCUACGAGGAAGCGCAGACUUUUUCGCCUAUAAUUACUACUCCAGCCGACUGGUGGAGCUUAACAGCACGGAGUAUAACCCACUGGAAACGCCCUCGUGGCAACGAGAUGCGCGUAUUAUUCAGUCGGUCGAUCCCGGUUGGAGCAGGGCAAAAUCUUCCUGGCUUUACGUCGUACCGGAGGGAUUGCGAGGUAUACUUAACUGGAUCCGAAAGCGUUACCAUAAUCCAACCGUGCUAAUAACAGAGAACGGUUACUCCGAUGACGGCCAGCUCGAAGAUACGGAGCGCAUCGAUUAUUAUGCACGACAUUUGCACGCAGUGUUAGCAUCUUUGCUAGAGGAUGGAUGUCACGUUGCUGGUUUUACAGCUUGGAGCAUCAUCGAUAACUUUGAAUGGUUGCGAGGAUAUAGUGAAAAGUUUGGUCUUUUUUACGUCAACUUCACCGAUCCUGCCCUCGUACGGAUACCUAAACGGUCAGCCAACUUCAUGGCACGCGUAAUCAGCACUAGGACCAUCCCGGCAGAAUAAAUGUAUCAGUAUGUAAACUGUUCUUUCGUAGCUUAAACUCUGUUCGUCGAUAUUUCUCUUAUGAGUUGGUUAUGGUUCAACUGUAUUUCACACAUUAUCACCGAUAUUUUAUCCUUUUUAUCUCAGCGUACCCUAUCUAGCUUAUCUUAUUGCAUGCACCCUCAACAGGGAAGAUCUGGAAUACAAAAGACCAGCAUUUUGUUUGAUCUUUACCAUUUGUUUACCGUGUCGUGGAACAUACUCUCUUUAAUAAAGCAGCAUUUGAUUCAAA